UUGAAUUUGGAAAUGUUUAUAACAACGCGAUAUAAUAAGAGCCAACAAUGAACAACAAAGGCGAAUUGAAAACGUUUUUGUACCUACUUUCAAUCUUUGUACGGUCCAUAUAAGACUUGGAGAAUACUUCUAAUCGAUUGAAGCUGUCAAGAAAUCAGAUUCUAUUAUUUAAAUAUAUAUUCAAUGAAAAGGAACAUGCACUAUGUAUAGAUAUUUAAUGACAGCGUCGCAUUCAGAAGUCUUUAAAUCUUAAAUGCCAAGCCGGAAUAUUUCGUCAAGCAACAGAAGAAAGUAGGGAAAUGAUCCAAACUUGGGUUAGGAGAACGGGCACGGGCGAAUGCGAGAAAAACAAAAACCUGCAAUGGAAAUAAUCGAUGGAAUGAUUUAGAUACAAAGGCUUGUUAUAAAUAAUUAAAAAAUAGGUGGUAUUCUAUUUCAAUUACCGACAAAAAUACUCUUUCAAAGUUUAACUUGAAUGUAAUAAAAUUCAUUGUUUUCGAUGGAACAGAGAGGCACGAGCCAGUUUACUAUGGCGGCAAAGCUGUAGCUACGUAGCUAAAUGGAAUUAACUUGUGACUUUAAGUGAUCUGGAUAUUUCCUGGCCCGAGAGUUGAGCCCGUGUGAUGGCACCGUUUUUUCUUACCCUUGGGCUGACGUUUUUUGCGUACACAGGGGCCCAGGACUGCAUUUUUCCUGUGUCAUUUAUUGGCUCGUGGGUAACAAGUUCGGACGGAGACUUUAGCAUGAACAGGACGCACAUUUUUAGCUUCCCGACAGUGUCAAAACCGGAUGGAAAAGAGCUUAAACCAGGCUUUCAAUCCAUGGAUUUCAUAUGUUACAACAUCACUGGCACAACUUAUAUACUGAAGUCCACUGAAACGAUUGAAAUAUUUAACGACGUUUUUGUCCCAUUGUUCACCUGUCUCGAAAUUGAAGAGUCAACCACCACCAAACUCAUCUACUAUUACAGAACAGCGCCUGAUAACGUUGGGUUUCGAUUCAAAACGAACCCAAAUGACGACUUCUGUGACGACGCCAGUUACAAUGAACCAUUCAGACACCAUGUCAUGCUAAAGUCAGGUUCGGAGACUAGCGGGUUGACGUUAUGCCCGGCAGACAUGUUUGGGACAUACACGUAUAACUCGUGCACUGACGCCGCGUCCAACAGUACGAGCAUGGACGUGUGCGACUCUCGCCAACAGCUUAUAUAUAACUACACUCUCUGCUCCACGCCACAACUCUUCUCGCAGGAAGGGACUUUGGACUGCGUUUAUUACGUGACAAGCGGCACAGUGUCCUACCUUACUGUUUAUAAUCGGGACAGCACGGCACCAGAUGGGUCCAACCACUACAGGUUUUCCUGUCUUGCUGUUGAACUAUCUGGAGAAACGGUGUACGUUUCUGCCAACCCGAAUGUAUGCAACGACAAUCAGCUCUCCACCAGCAUCGCGAGCCCCGGAAAAACCAUGGAGUUUUCACCAAUCACCAUUACGACUACGACACAGUCGACCACUGCGGCAGCUGCAACGACCGCUGCUCCCGUGGACGAAGAAAUAAACAUCAUCCCGAUCAUCGCCGGCAUUAUAGGUGCCAUUCUCCUCAUCGCCAUUAUUAUCAUCAUUAUCAUCUGCUGCUGUUUAAUAAAGCGGAGAAAACGAAUUAAGGAAGAGGACGAGGAGUCGAUACAGUCAAAAGGUAGCGAUAGUCCACGGUCAAAGUCCCCCAUUGACGAUGACAAAAAGUCCUUUGACUCGGAUUCGGGUAUCGGUGAGCCCCAGGAGACGCACCGCACGGAUCACACGGGUGACCAAGACGACGACCAGCAGGUAACAGAAUUCAUCUUAGUCGGUGAAGGGGGAAAAGACGUAGAUGACAAAAAUUCUAGGCCGGGUUCAGGACAGCGAUCCCGGAUGUCGGACCUUCCGCCCAGCACCAUCCCACCGGAAGAAGACAUGCAGUCGCCCAGGGAUGGCGAGGACAAAAAUGAGCCAAUAGACGAAGAGGGGGAAGAGAAAGACGACAAAAAAGACGAGGAUCCGGAUUCUAGCAGAGUGGAGGAGGAGGAACCUGAACCGGAAGUGCCAUCGGAUGUGGAACCUGAACCAGAGCCGGUUGUUGAACCAGAAGCGCAAAGUGAAGAAGGAGAGAAGAGCGGAGAGGAGAAGGACGAGGUGAAUGAGCCAGAACAAGACGAGGAACCAGACCAGAAGGGAGGCGGGAAAAGCGUUAUAUUGGGUAAAGGAGGGAAAGGCAAUCGAGGUAAAACUGCCCACAGUGGCAAAAAAGGCCAAGAGGGUCAAGAGUGUCAAGAGGGCCAAAAUGGCCAUCAGGGAAAGAAGUCCGGACAUGAUAAGGAUAAGGCCGAGACAGAUAAAGAAAGUUCGUGUUCGGAUGUCGAGCAGGAUACAGAAAAAGAGAAAAAAAAUGUCAAGACUUCUGACGAAGAUGAAGGCGACGGAAGAAAUCGUCAGGUGAUUGGUGGCAAGAAGGGAAAAUACUUCCAGCCGUCUGGUGCGUUGACUUCCGUGCUAGUAUCACGUGACGAGGACGAACGAAAACGCCGAAAGCAGGAAGGUAAAGGCAAGCGACAGCGGAUGAAACGCCUCGCCAAGAGGAAGUCUAAGAAACAAGGAAAAGGUGGUGGUUCUGACGAGGAUUCUGACGUUAACGUCUCGGACGAGGAGGGUCGGGGAAGGCGAGGACCCCGGGAAGCGCCCUUCAUGAAACAGUACGAGGAUAAGAAGCACUUGGAACACGUGCUGGACGAGCAACACUACUGGAGCGAACCGGAUGAGGACAAAGAAAACUUUGCCGUGCAGGAUGAUAGGAGCAGUAUGUUUACCGCCUCAUCGUCGGAUACAGAAGAUGAAAUAAUCGGCCCAGACGGCAAACCUAUCAAGGUGUAUCGCUCCAAAAACGGCAAAUACAGACACAGGGGAGAAGAUGAUCAGAUAAGUGAUGCGGACUCGGAAGAGGUUAGAAUGAGAAUGCUGAAACAAGUUGGCGGAGAUGUUGGAGAUUUGGACCAAAGCGGCUCAGGUGACGAGAAUGAUUUGGUGAUUGGUGGUGGUAAAAAGGGAGCGAUGAAAGAAGAGGUCGAUCGAACCAAGUGGCAGGGGAAAGGCAAAGGAAGGAAAAUACAUGUCAAGGAAAAAGACGAUGGGGGCGGCGGAGGAGACGGCGGUGGCGACGAAGGCGGCAGAGGUGGUAGGGGCGGCGGCAGAGGUGGGGAAGGCGGCGGGGAUGGCGUUGUACAAAACGGUGAAGACGACCGACCGGGUCGGCGGAGAGGACUGUUUUGGUCGGACAAUGACGGCGGGCUUUUGGAUUCCGGAAGUGACAUAGAGGGCAUUAAUAUGAGCGACCGGGAUAGCGGCCUGGAUGAGGAAGAGGAUAUUGAUGUGCUUCUGACGGAUGAACAGCGACAGAUGAUCGUCAACAUGCUGUUUGAUGAGGACAUGAAUUUACGUCCACAAUUUUACAGAAAUGAAGACGGGCAGAUUGUCAGACGUCUUGAUGAUACGAUCGUGUACGAUCCACACACUGGACGAUUUACGUUCAGGAAAAGGCUCGGUCGACUCUUCAACGUUCCAAGAUUGAAACGAAACAAAAAGGGCCGACCUACAGGGGGUUUCAUCGACGACGAUUACGGACCAAAACAGCAGGAGAAACGGAAGGGAAGUAGCGCCCAAAGGAAACGAUCACGUGGUGGAACCGGGGACAGCAAAACUACAUCAGCUGACACGAGACGUUCGCGGUCGGCAGCCCGGAAUGUCGGAUUCAGCGUCCCCGAUGACGACCUGGAAAUGCUGCAGGAUGACCAACUCCUCUAUAAUAAACGGGGCCGACGAGACAUACGGUCUGCUAUCUUGCGGAAGCUACACAAAAGUCUCUUCAAAAAGAAGCGCAAACAUGGCGGUUCACCGGAAGUGCUCCCUGACCUGCGCGUCAAGCGGGCGUGGGCGGAGGAUAUGGGGCCAUUCCCGGGUGGACAGUUCCCACAUCCGCCUCCUAACCCCAUGAACACAAGAUGGGGCCGGGGCGGCCCUAACCAGGGAUCCCCGUGGGCAAACCGGAAGGGUACCGCGGGCGCCGAGCAACAGCAAAUGUACCGGGAGGGACUUGAAAGUGACAAGAAGAUUUUGGAGAAGCUGAAUAGCCAAGAACGCCCGCCAUGGGAAAGGCGAGAAGCAUUCGUUGAUGGAGAGGAAAAUGGUGAAGACGAAAGGCAACAGGGAAGAUUCGCUGAUGGGCCUCACGGCCACCAACACGGGCAAUCCUAUUAUUCCGAGGACGGCCGCUUUGUUAUUAGGGAACGCGGCUGUCCAGAACUUCAGGCACCCAAGGUCCCGUUGUUCACGAUCAUCAGGCGUCCUGGUGACUUGGAGCGGGUGGAAGGCCGGGAUACCGAGGAGCCCAACGGUCGUGCCGUCCAGUCGGCGCCCCUCCAUCUACAGGAGUACAAUCAGGAUGAGGGAGACGACUUCCGGCAGAACAACGACAGAACUGCACACACGUCAGAAAACAGCCUAUUUGCGCGUAGCCCCGAGGGGAGCCAGAUGACCAGCAUUGAUAACAACCGCCUGAGGCGCCUUUUGGAGGAACUGUAUGCCGACAAGAAAUACUUUGACAGAUACGUCCAGCUAACAGAGCCGAAGACGGAAGCAAUCAAGCACUCCCAAGGCCUAGCGGAGCAUGGCCGGGGCUAUUUACUGAAGAGGGCGGACUACUGGGAGCGUCGGGGACCACUGCCGCCCCGUCCACCAAUGACGAAAGUAGGCUGGAAGAUGCAGCAACAGCAGCUGACAUCCUCGCGCCAAAGCUCCCAGCUUGGCUACUCGACCGCCACCUGUACGCCGGAUUUGGCGGUCGCCCCGAUGCCCGGGUUGAUUGAGAGCCCUAGGGAGGAGACGGAGAGGUGGGCCGAAUCGCGGACACCGGAAGUUGAUGAGGCACCACCACGCGAUGAGCCAAAUAACGAAACGCCAACAGAGUCAUUUGUUUAAAUUAAACAGUUGGCUA